AUGAGAUCGUUAGUGGUACUUGCGUCGUUUGUGGUAGCGGUACUGAGUGCACCAGCAGCAUACGAGGAUGAUGAUUCCUAUUUACGGAUUUUACCAGCGAUACGACAUGAAGAAGUUCAUGACGAUUAUGGCCAGUACGCAUUUCGGUAUAUCACGGCUGAGAAUACGGUGGUAUCAGAGCGUGGUCGUCUAGUGCUUGGUUCCAAUGGCGGAUACGUCCUCCUGAUCGAAGGUCAAUACAGUUUCAUUGGUGAUGACGGUCAGCUCUACGUCACCAGAUAUCGAGGUGGUCCAGACGGGUUCCAAGUCGACGGAGACCAUUUACCUCAACCUGUUCCUGUACCUAAAGUUAAU